AUGCAAGAAUUUUUUAACAUUCAUCAAGAAGAGAACCAAUCCGUUAUAUCAUUUUAUGAAAAUAUAAUUCGGAAAUAUAGAAAAUCUCGACAAUUUAUUACUGAACAACAAGUUAUCACAGUAUUACAAAAUGGUGUUAAAAAUUCAUUAAAAGAAUAUUUAAUUCGUAAUGAAAAAGAAAUUAAAAAACCAGAAGAAUGGUUGCAAUUAGCAAAAGAAGAAGAAUAUAUACAAAAACGAAUUCAACAACAACGUAAUGGUUUAUAUUCUGGAACAAAAAAUAAAACAUUUUUUGAACAUAUUUUACCAACUGCAACAGUUCAACCAACACCAUCGAAUUUUCAAUUGUCGAGUCAACAGCCCUCUACAUCACGUCAUUACUACAAACAACAACAUCAACAGCUACCAUCAUUAACAAAUAAUCGAACACACUCAAAACCAAAUAAGUUUAUAAAUCGUCAACAACAUCGAGAAAAUUAUCCAGAAAAUAAAAUUCAAAAAUCCAAUCCAUCACUUAUCGAUACCGGAUCGGCCAUCACUAUUAUACAUCAACAACUAUUAAAUGAUAUACCACAUGAAAAAUUAAUACCAAAAACAAUAAAUCAUAUAUCUGCAAAUUGCUCAACAUUAGAUAUUGUUGGUGAAAUACCUUUAGAAAUAAAUGUUAAUGGAAUAACAACAACAAUUAUUGCUGAUGUUACAACCAAUCUGGUUACGAAUUUAAUAUUAGGUAGUGAUUGGAUUCAAUCAAACAACGUUUAUAUUCUUACACCUGAACAACGAAUUAUGAUCCGAAGUCGAGGUAAAGAAGUAUCAACUCCUUUUGUAAAACCACCUCUUUUAAAUUAUCCAGUUACUCUUAUUAAUCAUAUUACUCUUCCUCCUUUUUCAGAAAAAAUAGUAGAAGCACAAGUUCAACAUAACAAUAUGAUAGAUGUAUUAUUUGAACCAAAUCCUCGAUUAAAAAAUAAAGCAUUAUUUACUGCAACUGCAUUACUGAACAUUGAAAAUAGACGAAUAAAAAUUAGUAUAAUUAAUGCAACGAAUCGACAACAAACACUUUCCGAAGGAACCAAAUUAGGUAUAGUAACACAAUUAUCUUCUACAAUUGGUGUUACCAUACCAUCAAAUUAUUUGAUAGAACGCAUUCCGGAAGGAAAAGCGUGUAAAGAGCUCAUUCCUGAAGGGAAAGGAGCGAACAAAUCAAAUAAAUUAAAUUGUAACAACAUACCAACUAUAGCAUCACACGGAAAACAACGUCAAUGUCGUAAAUGUUAUCAACAUUUUGAUACUAGCAAUGAAUUAUUCAAGCAUCUUAGAAAUCAAUGUUAUCCUGACGAAAUAAGACAGCAAAUAAAUAAAUUAACUGAACACAUUAGCGAUGAUAAACAACGAGAACAAAUUUUAAAAAUUUUAUGGAAAUAUGGAAAAUUAUUUGACAUUAGUGAACCAUCAAAAAUUGAUAUAAUUUUAAAAAAUGCUAUUGAUACUGGUACACACCGUCCUGUUCAUACUCCACCAUAUAGAAAAUCAAACAAAGAUCAAGAAACCUUAAGAAAAGAAACAGAUAAAUUAUUAAAAAAUGGAAUUAUUGAACAUUCAACAUCACCAUGGUCUUCACCUGUCGUUUUAGUAAAAAAGAAAGAUGGAACAACAAGAUUUUGCGUCGAUUAUCGUCGCUUAAACCAAAUUACAACAAAAGAUGCUUUUCCAUUACCAAGAAUUGAUGAUAUUUAUGACCAAUUAACAAAAGCAGCAUAUUUUACAAAAUUCGAUUUUAAAGCUGGAUAUUUUCAAGUACCAUUAGACAAAUUAGAUCGACCAAAAACAGCAUUUUCAACUCGAGAUGGACAUUUUCAAUUUAAAGUAUUACCAUAA